AUGAGCAUCUUAGAAAGACUCGACUAGAAACUUAGAAAGUAUGGUACGCGAACCCUGCGUCCGUUAGGGCAAUAUCCCCUCUAGGCUCUCCAUUUCCGUCCCUCAAAAAAAAAAAAAAAGCUCUCCAAUCCGAAUUCGAGAGUCCACCAAACACUCUAGCCGUCAGCAUAUCCUCCGUCUCUUUAAUGGCUCCCCCAAAACAAGAUUACAGUCCUAUUCGUUCGAGACGUCUUCGUCGUGAUAACAUUGAUGAUGGCUCUAGUAGCGAAGUUGAAGUUGAAGAAUUAGAGAACUACAAACCUACUCUCAAGGGGACAAAGGGUUAUUUUGACCUUGAAGACAUUGCCGAAGAGGACGUAUAUUCCCUUGAUGUAAGUAGCACUAGUGAACAGUUUUAUAUGGACUUUAUGGUAUUCAUAUGCGGGGUUCGGGCUAAGGUGUCACAAGAGUUGAAUAGGUGUUUGUUAGAACGAUUUAAGCAGAAGUAUAAGGUUGGUGAGGCGAGUUCGUAUGAGGUGAAUGAGAAAGGGGAAAGGAAAAAAGAAAGGAAAAGAAGAUGCUAUUUUAAAGAAGCGUGGUAAGGGUGAAUUCGUUUUAUUAAAUUUUAGGUUUAAUGGGGAGUAUGAGAUUGGAAUGCUCAUGUGGAAGCCAAGGUUGUAUUUGGUGGCUGUUCUUGCCCAAGGAAAGUGGAAACGAGUAAAGGAUUUUGAAAAACAUACCCAUCUCAUCUUUCCGAAGUCUAAAGAGUUAUUUUUUGAUAGUAGCUACCCCGAUGAUAUUCCGAAUGAGAUGGGUUUUUGGAUUUUGGCUAACUCCAUUAUUGACUUGCAUAGACAAUCUGUUCCAGAAAAAACCAAAUCUGCAUUUUUUAAUAUGUGUGUUUUGGUUACCGAGUGUGCCCGAUUUGACGUGUUACUCUUUUUAGUUGCCAACACCCUGCAAACAAGCGUGUGGAGCCACAUUAAUGUGUAUCUGGAUGAGGAUCAGCUUAAUUUAAUUCGUGGUUGGAGUACUUUAUGCGUAUUAUGGUUGCUCUAUGAUCUGGGUUAUGGGUGGAACCCAUUGGGUGUUAAGAAAUUGGGGGUUGGGAAUGAGUUGGAGGGACACAAAGCGCUGGCUGUGCUGUUCACCCCCGAGCACUUCUUAGAGGAGAUGGGUACAAUUAAUGGAUUAAUUAAAGACCUUCAGAAAAAGGGCAAAUGUGUUCUACAUCUGCAGAGGAGGAAGAUUGGAACUCCUAGCGACUAGAGUAUUUUUGAUCUGAUAGUUGAUAGUUAGUUCGUGUUCAGUCUUUGUUUUUAGAAUGACACUAGUGUCCUUUUCUUUCUAUUUGCUUUUCUGGAUGAACAUGAAUGAAAUCUCUUCUAUUUAUUAAUGGAGCCAUUGAAAGAAGUUGAAUUUUUUAUAAUAUGGUGUUAUACUUCUCAUUUGGAGUUGACUUAUUGUGCAACGU